CAGAGCAAACCACAAAAAUGGGGAAGCACUUAUUCCGAUCAUCUCCACCGCCGGAGAAACCAACAGGUCAUCUCUCUCUCGCGGAAUCAGCUGUUCAAGAAUGUAUGAGCAACAUCAACGCCGUCAUAUCAAAAUGGACUUCUCCGGCUGCUUCUUCCUCCGACGAGUUCCUCUUCUCCACCAACAGUCGUCGUGAAGCAGAGGAGUUUGUUACAGCCGUUAGACAUUUACAGAGCACCAUGCAUCGUUUGGUUUCCGUUAAUCCGUCUUCGGAGAAGCUAAUCUACGCGCAGAAUCUUAUGCAAUCGGCGAUGAGGCUUCUUGAAUCAGAGUUUCAUCGUGUCUUGAAAGCGAAUCGUGAGUAUUUAGAUCCGGAAUGUGUCUCUGUACGUUCUUACAGAUCUUCAAGAUUCAGUACUUCGACUACGACUAGUGUUUCCGAUUCAGAAGACGAAAUCAGUUACGAAGAAAACGCCGACGAAGAGCAUAGAUUCUCCGGUGGAGAUUCCGACGCUAUGGAUGAUCUGAAGAUGAUUGCUGAUUGCAUGAUUUCGACCGGUUACGCAAAAGAAUGCGUUAGGGUUUAUAAAACCGUACGGAAAUCGAUUGUUGAUGAGACUCUGCAUAAUCUGAGAAUGGAGAGAUUCAAUCUUCAUCAGAUUCAGAAAAUGGAUUGGGAGAUUCUUGAUUCGAAGAUCAAAACAUGGUUAAAAGCUGUGAAAUUAGCUGUUAGAUCUUUGUUCUUCGGUGAGAGGAUUUUAGCUGAUCAUGUUUUUUCUUCCUCUGGUUUAAUUGUUGAAUCUUCUUUCACUGAGAUUACUCAAGAAGGAGCUUUGAUUCUCUUCACUUUCCCGGAAUAUGCUGCGAAGAUCAAGAAACUAACUCCAGAGAAAAUGUUUCGGUUUCUUGAUAUGUAUGAAGCUCUUGCGAAUCUCUACGUGGAGAUUGAAUCGAUUUUCUACUUUGAAUCAGCAGCUGCGGUUAGAUCUCAGGUGAUUAACUCGUUAGCUAGACUCGGCGAUGCGACGAGGUUGAUGAUGACGGAUUUCGAAUCGGCGAUUCAGAAAGAAACUUCGAAAACUCCGAUCAUCGGCGGUGGUGUUCAUCCUCUGACUCGUUACGUUAUGAAUUACCUCUCAUUCCUCGCCGAUUACAGUGAAUCCAUCGCUGCGAUAUUCGAAAACUGGAAGCUAAGUGUGCCGACUCCGUUACCGGAUUCUUUAUACAUCAGCGGCGGCGAUGAAGCGAAUCCGGAGGAUUUGUAUUCAUCUCCGGUCUCUGUACGUAUCGCUUGGGUGAUUUUACUCACGCUUUGUAAAAUCGACGGCAAAGCUCAGCCGUAUAAAGACGUUGCUUUGUCUUAUCUCUUCCUCGCCAACAAUCUCCAAUACGUCGUCGUUAAAGUCCGAUCGUCGAAUUUGAAGCUUCUUCUCGGCGACGAUUGGGUGUAUAGGCACGAAGAGAAGGUGAAGCUGUACGCUGAUAAGUUUGAGAAGCUUGCGUGGGGGAGAGUGCUGGAUUUAUUACCGGAGAUUCCGACGGAGGAGAUUUCGCCGGAGGAAGCUAAGGAUUUGGUCGGGAGAUUCAACGAUGAGUUUGAGACGUCGUACCGGAGACAGACUUCGUGGGUUAUACCCGACCCGAAACUUAGGGACCAGAUUAAAAUCUCGUUGAGUCAGAAACUUAUGCUGGUUUGUACCGAGUUUUACCGGAUGAACCGGUUCGGUUUGGCUGGAGAUAAGGAGUCUGGUGGCAGAUAUACCCCUGAAGAUAUAGGAAAUUACCUCUCGGAUCUGUACUUUGGGUCUAGAGGCUCAGGGAGUGUUUCGACAACUGGUGGAUCUGGAUCCGGAUCCGGAUCCGGAACGGGUUCGUCGGCUACGGGUAAAUCUCGCGGCGGACGUAGUCAUUGAAUGAGAAUCUCGUGAUAUUUUGCUUAUUAUUGGUGAUAUUAGUUUUUUUAUUUUCUUUUAGUUUGUGUGGUUAUAGUUUAACCAUAGUGAUUGAUGUAUCGAAUCUCUUUUUCAGUUACUUGUGUACAGAUAUGUUGAAUUAUUUGAAUUCUUCUCGUCUUUUUUAUCAAAUCAUUCGAUUAUUUUUGGAAC